AUGGCCGCAGCCUCGGCGUCCUCCACUGGCGCCGCGCCCUUCGAGAUCCUCAUCUUCAGCCGGACGGCCGCCUACCGCCACGCGUCCAUCCCCGCAGGGAUCCGCGCCCUGCAGCAGCUGGCCGCACGCUCCGGCUCGUUCGCGGCUGUCGCUGGCGAAGACGCGUCCGUGUUCACGCGCGCGGGGGGCCUCGCGGCGUACCGCGUCAUCGUGCUGCUGCAGUGCUCGGGCGCGUUCCUGGACGGCGCGGCGCUGGGCGCGCUAAAGGCGUUCGUGCGGUCCGGGCGCGGCGUCGUCGGCAUCCACAGCGCCAGCUUCGCCUUCACGCUGCCGUCCGACGACCCGUGGUACGGUCGGCUCGUCGGCGGCGUGUUCGCCAACCACCCCGCGCCGCAGCUCGCGCGCCUGACGGUCCCUGACCCGGCGCACCCCAUUAUCGCGGUGUCGCUGGGAAAGGGCGGCGGCAUGCGGCGACGGCGGCGGCGGCGGCGGCAGCAGCAGCAGCAGCAGUCGUGGCUGGACGAGUGGUACAACUUCAAGACGCACCCACGCCUCGCUGCGGGCGGUGGCCUGCACGUGCUGCUUGCCGUGGACGAGCAGUCGUAUUCUGGCGGAACGCACGGCCAAGACCACCCUGUUGCGUGGUGUCAGGAAUUCGAUGGUGGUCGCUCGUUCUACACGUCGCUCGGUCACUUUGACGAAGCCUACGAGGACGAAGCAUUCAUGAGCCAGCUGCUAGGCGGGAUCCUGUGGACUGCCAGGGUCAGCUGA